AUGGAUCAGAAGUUUAAGCUGGUAGCUCCUCGUGCUAGGUUGACUGAGGAUUAUGGAGAUCCGAUUGAGGAGAUACUCUUUGGCUCUGGGUGGGAUCGCGGCAUUAGAAUCAGAUCAUCCCAUACGGCUGAACGUCUCGUUGACCUGCUUGCCGUUCCUGUUGUGCACAAGGGCGACCGAAAGCCUGCAUCAGUGGAACCUCAAAGCACACCAUGCGCCCAUAGCCAAGAUCAAGGCCGCGAUACGUUAGUGGCUGGAACCAUCAAACGCGAAGCUAGUGUCAAGAUUUCGAAAAGCUAUUCUCUGAAGGAGGCAAACCAGGAAGACGAGACGGAAUAUUUCCGAUCGACCACACUGUCUAAUCUUGCUACGGAACUCAUUCUAGGUAUAAUGAGCCAUAUUGGCGAUAUUGAAGACAUCGUCAGCUUAGGAUUGGCCAAUAAGCGCCUAUGCAGUAUUGCUCAAGCAGAGCUGCGAUCCUAUUUUCCCCAAUAUUUUGCACCAUGGGCCAACGAAAACAUUGUAUGCGUGGGAGAUUACUCGGCUAAAGAUGACUUUCCACCGGGGCUUUUCUCGAAUACAGAAUUGGAAGCCUUGCAGCACGAGGAAAUUGCCACUUUUGACGAGGAAGAAGCAGAAUGGAGAAUCGCAAGUCUGAAUAGGCUCUAUGACUUUACCCAACCCGGUUUAUCGCAUAUUCAGGAACAGCCAAUGGAAGUUUUGUCUUGGAAGACCUGGCGACUGAGGGAUUCUUCUGGGAGACCAAAGAGCGUCAGAGACCCCGCGAUGGACUCUCUCAUCAAAUCGUGUGACAUCUACCGCGACUAUUUCCCCACGGAUCAACCAUGGAUUCUUCGAAACCUUACUAUUAAGCAGUUUGUUCGCGCAGAAGCUAUCGCCUUGAAACCCGAAUUCAUCAAAGGUCCGCGUAUUAUCGGCCUGGGUUUUGGCGAAGUCCUCCUCUCGCGAAUCUCUUGGACAGCAGCAGCCUUGGAAAUAGAUGAUCCAACCACCAUACGCAGAGGAAUAUGGGCGGGACACUGUUUCGACAUCACAACGCUUACCAGACAUGAAAGAAAGACUACUGGUGACGCAGAGUGGACUGACGUAAGUGAUGAAGUUGUAACGGAAAUUGCUACUAUUUGGGAGAGUUACUUCGGCGCCAACUGGCGUGAGACACUCUGUCGGAUAUUUGAAGCUUGA